UAUUUGUUACCAGCAGCGGUCACACUGACACUGAAUUUUGAUUUUUUUCCUCUAUUUUUGCAUUUAUUUAAAAACAAGGAUCCACACUAUGCAAUGAAGCAUUUAAUGGAGGAUCCGCUCGUACUGGCUGAACUAAGGGCACUGUCAGAGAAACAAGAUUUUGUGGAGGAUGAACAGCAGGAUGUUAAGAAUCCGCCCGAGAAGUCCGCGCCCAUUGAGGAAUUUCCGGAUUCAGGAGCGCAAGACAAGGACUCAUUAUGCCAGUUAGCCUGCAACCUGCACAAGCUUGCCAAGGAUGAUCACAUAGUCAUCGAUCGAAAGCGCAAUCAGGUAAUACGCACAGAUGCGGUGACCCAGCAAAUGACUAUUUACCGUUGCUUGGAUCCCGUUGGUAUGGGCAUGCGUCCGCCGACACUACUAAAUGCCCAAAAUCCGCCGCCCAAAGUGGGAAGGCCGCUGAAAAGAGUUAGUUUAUCGAAUGCUACAGCCUCGGCGGCCAAAAAACCCCCACCGCUGGAGGAGAAACCAGCUCUUGAUAUUCACCGCACUCGUUCCGGUCGCCAGGUGCGUGGAUCCAUGCCGCAGCCUGCUCCCGUGAUCAAUGGCCACCCAGUGGAGCCGAGUUCAGCUGAAAUGCUGGAUAUGCUGGUAGCUGACUUGCGGGACAAGGACUACCGUGCACCUAUGCCAGCGCCAAAAAGUAUCAGCAAUAGCCAGGAGGUUGCCACAACGCCCACACCACGAGCCGUGCCCAAGGACUCAGUUUGCCCAGGCUGCGGAAAGAUCUUCCUGGGACGUCGGCUGCAGCGGCACUUUGUGAAGUUUCCGGAGCAUAUGCCGCGUCCUGGCGAACAGCCGUCAGCAUCGUCGUCUUCAGGGGCAGCACAUCCCUCUACCCCUUCGCUUUUUGGCCUUUUAACUGCCCAGCUGCAGCGUCAUUCGCAUCUCAGCGAGGAGCAGCGCUCUGAUCUCUUCUUGAACGAACUGAACGACUUUGUUGAGCAACUGCAGCUGCGAAGCCAGCGACUCAUACGUAAUACCUCAGGAUUGCAUUUUGUUAAUGCUCGGACCGCACGAGUUCUGGGCAUACCCGAAGGUCAGUAUGCCUUGGAUAUGUCGGCCAUGGAAUCGCCGCAGGCUCCCACACCGGAACCAGAGGCUGCAGCUUUGGUUGCUGGCGGAGGUGGCGACGGCGCGGUAGCACACAAUCUGGGGGUCUACGCCGAGUUGAGCAUGUCGCUGGACGAUCCGCUGACGGACGAGGCUGCACAGCGUCUUAAUCUGUCGGCGGGCGGGCAACUUCAUCCGCCUUCGGAGGAGAGCCUGCUUCGGAAUGUUAGCGAUCUCAUGCAGCCGCCGGUGGCAGCUGCUCCUCCGACUGUAAACCAUGGCUACGAUCAUGCCAGUGAUAAUGCGGUGGAGGCCCUAACCAUGAAGGAAACCCCCAACACGGAGGCGAUUCUCGAUCUCAAAGUGGACUUCUUCCAGUUCAAUCCGAAUUAGUUAAGGAGUUGCCGUUUAAAAUCUCAGUAGUACGAAUGCUAUGAGUUGAUAGACAUUUACACAAAUUGAAAUUGUUGAAUCUGGAAACAAAACAAUGAUUUAAAAACUCGAAAAAUCAGCACAUAAUUGCCAAUACGAUUGUCUUGAAACAAAAACAAAAACAAACAUGGUCUUUUACGAAAUUUUAAUGAAUUUUAUAAUAGUAGAAUUGUUUUUUUUAUUCGCCGUAUAUAUUUUAAAUGAAAUUCAAUGAAAUUUGCUAUAAAAUAAUGAAGCCUUGUAUAUUGUGUAAAUAUAAUGAUAAGAUAUGGUUAAGAUAAUUUUUAAAUAUUUUUUAAUUACUACCUCAGAAAAAUAUUGAAACUGUAAAUCCGAAAAUCGAAACUCGCCUAAGAAUUAUUUUUAUACACACCUACUGCUAAUGAAAGCACGAAUGUCUAACAAUUAGUAGCUAAGUGUGAAUGGAUAAGGGAUCGAAAACGCCCGUUGCCGAUUGAAAUUAUUUAUGAAGUACUCAACUGGCUCACGAAAGAUGCCCAUUAAAUGAAUUUAGCCACUCUGAA